AUGGUUUGGCUUCUCGACAAUGCCAUUGACACGAAACACCGGGCCUACAUGAUGCGCGAGAAGGAGAUGAAACUUGAACCUUUGAAGAUUCGGUAUCACGGGGUCUCUGGUCCUGCCAUGCCUUACGAUGAGCGGUACACACCGUACAUCAAGCAGGCAGGACUACUCCCGUGGAUUCCGUUGGUCAGCCGGUCCACGCCGAAUUUGAACGCUCCACUGGUGUCCGCUCUUGCUGAUCGGUGGAGGCCGGAGACGCAUAGUUUCCAUCUUCGGACUGGGGAGACGACCGUGACGCUCGAGGAUGUCUCGUUGAUCACCGGUCUUGCAAUCGACGGGAUGCCUCUCUGUAUGAGCACCGAUUCUGAUGGGUGGCACGAGCAGAUGAUUGCUCUUAUCGGUAUGGCUCCUACCGAGGCUGAGGCUGAUGUAGAGGAAGGAGAAGAGAAGAAAGAGGGAAAGGAAAGCAGCCGGAGCUGCUUUCACUUGGACGAUGCGUGUUGCAGGAUCACAGAUAGUGCAGGCAUUGGUGGUAAUAUGCUUCUACUUUUUGUAUGGAGCUGGGAGCGUCUGCCUGUUGGACGCCCGAAGAGCGUCGGGUUUAAUCCUUGGUAUGAAGAUGAAGAUGACGAAUUACGGCGCCCCACUUGGGCUUACAAGUGGGAUGUGGUUUCCGAGAUGACGAACGAUGUCAAUCUCAUGUACCAGAAGUAUGUUGCCGAGUUGGACACGAUUACACCUGAGCAGUUUGGUCUGUUCCAGCCUCACCCGCCGGAAUGGGUGGAUACGGACAAAGCACUUCAUAGGUUGGAUAGGAGAAGGCAGCGGAAGAUAAAGGACUGGGACAAGCAUCAUGCUUCAUAUGUUACCCGCUUCCAGCUUUGCGUGGAGCAAGCUCGUAGCAGUGCACGCGCCCAGCUUCCGCACCGAGAUCAACAAAGCAGCUGA